CUUAUCCAUUUAGAAAAAAAAUUGAACAAAUAUAUAUAACCCACAAGCAGAAAGAAACUGUCGUGUUUUUCGUUUUCCUCUUGUUGAUUAAACCCUUCAGUCGAGAGACGGUGGAGGUGAGAAAAAUGAGUGCUUGUUCAUCGUCAUCAUCGAUUCUGUCAUUUACAGAGAAAGCCGAAUCUCUCUCAGAGAUCCAACAAGCUCAUGCAUAUAUGCUCAAGACUGGUAUUUUUCGUGAUGCUUUCUCCGCAAGCAAGCUCAUUGCUUUCUCCGCCGUAAACCCCGAUCCUGUUACAGUCUCUUACGCUCGUUCGAUUCUUCGUCGCGUCGAAAACCCUAAUUCUUUCAGCUACAACUCCGUCAUCAGAGCUUAUGCUAAUAGUUCUACCCCGGAGACCGCCCUGGAUGUGUUUCGCGAAAUGCUGCUUGGCCCGGUUCUUCCCGACAAGUACAGCUUCACGUUCGUGUUGAAGGCGUGUGCAGGGUUUGAAGGGUACGAAGAAGGAAGGCAAAUUCAUGGUCUUUUCUUGAAGACUGGAACUGGGCCUGACGUGUUUGUGGAGAAUACCUUGGUCAAUGUCUAUGGCCGAAGUGGUCACUUCGAGCUCGCACAUAAAGUGCUCGAUAAAAUGCCCGAAAGAGAUGCUGUUUCGUGGAAUUCUCUUUUGAGCGUUUACCUAGAUAAGGGUUUGGUGGAAACUGCUCGUGAGUUGUUUGAUGAAAUGGAGGAAAGGAAUCUCGAGUCAUGGAACUUUAUGAUCUCUGGGUACAUGGCUUCGGGAUUGGUCAAGGAAGCUGCAGAGCUUUUCGAUGCCAUGCCGUGUAAAGAUGUCGUUUCUUGGAAUGUAAUGGUAACUGGUUAUGCUCACGCGGGUUUAUAUUCUGAAGUUUUAGAACUUUUCAGGGAGAUUCUGAAUUCUGAAGAUGAACCGGAUGGUUGUACUCUUGUUAAUGUCUUGUCGGCCUGUGCCAAUCUUGGAGCUUUGAAUCAAGGUGAAUGGGUUCAUGUGCAUAUAGAUAAGCAAGGAAUUAUCAUUGAUGGGUUUUUGGCUACUGCACUUGUGGACAUGUAUUCCAAAUGCGGGAAAAUCGAUAAGGCUCUUGAAGUGUUCAGAGCAACUUUGAGGAAAGAUGUGAGUACAUGGAAUUCGAUGAUAUCGGGUUUAAGCAUCCAUGGCUUUGGAAAAGUCGCUCUAGGUAUCUUCUCUGAGAUGCUUCUUGAAGGGUUUGAACCGAACAAUGUGACAUUUGUCGGUGUUCUAUCAGCCUGUAGCCAUGCGGGAUUGUUAGAUGAAGGUCGAGAACUUUUUGGCAUGAUGAAACGUGUUUACGGGAUCGAGCCAACUGUUGAACACUAUGGUUGUAUGGUGGAUUUGUUUGGUAGGAUGGGAAAAGUCGAGGAGGCGGAAGAACUUGUGAGCAAAAUUCCACCAGAAAGUGCUCCGGUCCUUUUGGAAUCUCUCUUGGGUGCUUGCAAAAGGUUUGGUCAUAUGGAAAUGGCAGAGCGUAUAGCUAUGAGGCUAGUGGAAUUGAAUCCAGAGGAGAGUUCAGGUUAUGUUCAGAUGUCAAACUUGUAUGCCUCUAGUGGGAGAUGGGAUGAGGUUAUGGAGGUGAGAAGAAAGAUGAGAGCCAAGAGAUUAAGCAAGAAGCCUGGAUGCAGCAUGAUUGAAGUGGAUGGGAUUGUCCAUGAGUUCUUAGCUGGUGAAGGACUCAUAGCCGACGAAAUUUGAGAAUUUUGAGACGAAAGAAUAAGAUUUUACUGUCUCAACCCUACAAAGAGCCUGAUUAACUGAGGGAUUCUUGAUCAGUGGGGGGAUAGACGAUCUCUCCUUCCAUCUAUAUCGGUAAAAAAAAAAAAAACGAGCUUUCCACCUGGAGACCCCUGAGGUGCAAAAGAGUUGAUUGGCAUGACAAGAAAAUGGAUUGCUCAAUGUCAUAGUGUCCGAGAGCUUGUGACGGGGAAAUCUAAUUCACCAACUGCCUCGUUCCCUCCUGACAUUGUUGCAGCAGUGUCUCUCCCUGCAGGUUUCGAGUCAGAACCAGCAAUGCUCAUUCCACUGAACUUGGAAAUCCAAGAAACAGGUACAGCACGGGACAAUCCUGAAGAAGAGGCAGAUGAAGCAGAACCAGAUGAGAAAACGGGAUGAUAAAUGGAGGGUUUGUAGCUGUUAGUGUAGUGGGACGGUUAGGGCUGUGUUUAAUAAGGGAUGAAGGUAUGUCUUACGGGUAAGGGUGAGGUGCAGUUUGAAAAAGAAAGACCUGCCUGAGAAUCCUGUGACCACUUUUCCAAAAAGCUCUCUCUCUCUCUCUUUUUCUAUUAUGUAGGUUUUACAUCCAGCGGGUUUGUUCUAGAAUUUAUGCCAAGUAGGGGACCAGAUCAGCUAUUAGAGUGAAGGGAUCAGACCAAACUUCAUUGAUGAUAGAGCUUGGCUCUUAUAAAAAAGAAAGAUCUAUUCUCUUACCAUGACACUCUUAUGAUUAUCCAUCCUAAUUCUAACUGUUUUAGUGAUUAGUAAACUGAAGAAAGCUCAAGACUUUGGAGGCCUAUGCAGUUUACCAGAUUGAAGAUGGCAUGAAAGGGUCUGUAGGAAAAGGGCACAAAUUUGGGUAGUUCCAGGAACCUGUGUGGUGGUCCUAACCAGAGAAACAGCUACAUUUCCCAUACUAACACCUAACUUGAGGUAUGGUUUUUGUAGUGUAUCAUCACCAAACUUGUUCACAUUAUGAUUCAAUUCCUCUCUUCCACAUGUACUGAAGAAAAAAAGAGAGGGGUCUUUUAUA